GAAGUGAGGGUAGGUUGACGGAGAGGGGCAGACGACCGGGCGGCAGUGGAGAGGCGGCCUGGGUUUGGCUGUUAGUGCUACUGUAACUACGAUGAUGAACUCUCUGGAACAAGCUGAAGAUCUCAAGGCUUUCGAGAGGAGGCUGACUGAGUACAUCUCCUGCUUACAGCCGGCGACGGGACGGUGGCGAAUGAUUCUCAUAGUUGUUUCAGUAUGUACUGCCACAGGUGCCUGGAACUGGUUAAUAGAUCCUGAAACACAGAAGGUAUCUUUUUUCACAUCAUUAUGGAAUCAUCCAUUCUUCACGAUUAGUUGUAUAACACUUAUUGGUUUAUUUUUUGCUGGAAUACAUAAAAGAGUGGUUGCACCGUCAAUCAUUGCUGCAAGAUGUCGAACUGUUUUGGCAGAAUACAAUAUGUCUUGUGAUGAUACUGGAAAACUAAUAUUAAAGCCCAGGCCCCAUGUCCAGUGAUGAAUACAUGUGCCAGUCGUACCGUGGCAUCUCGGGGGGAAAAAAAAUCUAAGUUCAGUUCAACUGUGACACUGCACAAGUCAAUAAAUGCACUGUUCAUUUUCAUGUCAAUAUUGGAAUUUUCAGUGAAAGUUCUCUAGAACAGAGAAUAAUCUACAGCAAUAGCAAUGCAUUUUGUAAAAUCUGGUAUUGCAGCUAGCAGUUUAGAGAUUUAGGAUCACUUGGUAUGAAAUACAAUAUUAAAUUUGUAUUUAAAUCUUGCCAGAUUACUUUAAUUUAUUAGGUUCUAGGUUCUUUAUAUUUUAACUUCUGGGUUGGACUGCUCAUUUUAUUAUGGAUAAGCUUUUGUAACUAUUUUGUGACUCAGACUCAAAUUACAACAUUAAGGAUUUAAAACUGUGACCAAUUCCCAUUGUGAAUUGGGCUGAACUAUAUCAGGAAUUGUUCCAACAAGAUUGCUCAACCAUUGUUGCAUGCCUUUGUUCUUUUAAACAGUUACUUUUUCUUCUUUUCGUGUAUAAAGUUGAGAUGUUCUGUUGCUACGUUACCUUUACUGUUCAACAGGCAUUUGUAUCUUUAUUUUACUUAGACCGAGUUGAUUCAGAAAUGGAUCAGCAAAGCUUUGGUUGAGACCUUGAAUUUUUCAAUCUGCUGAAUUGUGUUUUGUACAAAUUUAUUUAUAGGAAGGGAUCAUUUGUUUCAUUUGCCAUGCAAACUGUUGCAUAUAAGGUUAUAAUUUUACUCCGCAAUUAUGCAGUCUGUAUAACCAUGCAGAAACGAUUGUUUCAAUCUUGCCGUCGUUUAUGUUAUCUUGCAUUGUAAUUCUGGAUUCUGUUGCAGUUCUACUCUUGCCUCUUUGUAUUUUAAUGACUGAUUUAAAGUUUUUAAAUUGUAAAAACAUCAUGACUUUGUAAAUGCUUUUCAGGCACUUGAAUUUUGUCGA